AUGCAAGACGCUUUUAAUUAUUUGCAAGAAGUUGUAAAUGAAUCGAAAGCUUACAUUGGAGAAAUUGACAAAGCUAAGAGGCAGAUUCAAGAGUUUAGCAGUAUAAAUGUAACAGCUGAAAAUAUGACAAGUGACAGCUUUGGAAUAAGUAGCGAAUAUGCUGCGGUCGAUUAUAAUAUGACACAAAAUGACAUUUAUAAAGCAAUUAAUGAUACAAAAAAGGCAGCAUCGGAAGAUCCAUUGUUAACUGAAAUUCAGAUAGCAGUAGGUGGAAUGAAUAAAGCCGUUGAUGAUGAAAUUGUAUCUCUUGAAAAGAUUGACUUUAGAAAUACUUGGUUUACAUCGUUGAUAAAUAUGACAAAGGAUUAUUUCAAUAACUCGGAAUGCGAAAACUUCCAAGACUGUAUAUUCUACUCCAUUUCUAACUUGUAUGUCCUUUAUGAAUCAGAGAAUUUUCCAAACAUAUCAAGCAUACAAGAUUCCAUCGUUGAUCUUGAAAAUUUACUGAUUGAAAUAUUUCAGAACGAAUCUUUCUCCGUAAUUGAUACAUCAGUGGCAUAUGAAAAUGCACUGUUUCAUAUUAACAAACUUGUAAGCAUGAAUUUGUUUUGUUCAGAUGCUCCGAAGUUUGUGAAACAGCUACAGAACCAGACUGUUCUAUACGGCAGCAACGUGACGUUCUUUUGCAAUGCUGCAGGUGACCCAGAACUAGAUUUCAUUUGGCUUGUGAAUGAUACUAUCAUCCCUGGAGAAAGUUCCAAUGUGCUGACCGUUUUAAACGUUACCGAAAAUGAUUCUUACGAAAAGUACAACUGUAUGGCUGGGAAUAUUGUUGCUAAUAUCACCUCUUCUGAUGCUUAUAUAAGUAUCAAAAAACAAGUAUUACCAGCCAGUGCUAAUCCAUGUGACCUAGGGGAACAGCUCACACUACAGUGUGAUAAUGAUAGUGAUUGUCAGGUUGUGGGCAACAAGCCAACUUGCCGGCAAAUACACGAAGAAAAUAUCAAAGAGGAGGAUUAUCUCAUCAUUGUUGGACUGGUCUUGGGAGUUGCUGCCGUCUUAGUGACAGUGAUAUUGUUGAUCGUUUGUGUGUUGCAGAAAACAAACUGUCGGAAAAAGUUGUGGCCACACAAAGGAAACUCUUCACGUGAAUCAGGAGAACAUAUAGCACUACCUUACCUGAGCUGGAGGAAUCUCCUCAGAAUGACCCCCCACAUUCAAAAGGCAAAUGGUAGUCAUGCAGAGCAGUAGAUGUGAAAUGAAGACGACUUCAAAUUAAUAUAGUUUUGUAUAGACGGGUGAAAGUGGUCAACAAAUCAAUAUUGGAUGUCAUUAGCUGAUGUCUUACCACCAUGACCAGAUGCUUAAAGUGGGAUUUUUUCAAAGGAAUUUAUAUACUUCAUAGACGGCUUAUUACUUCAGACAUUCAUAUAAUGUAUGCUUAUUCUUUAGCAGCGCCAUCUAUAUCAUAAUUAUUUUUAUGUCAGACAUGGUAUUUCUGUAAUACUUUGCUUAUUUAAUUUAGUAU